AUGGCUGAGAACUUCAGCUAUCCCAGUCAGGAAGGGAAAACUAUUGUUUCUAACAUCGAGUUGAAGGUUGAAGUAGAGAGCCUGAAACGAGAACUCCAGGAUAAGAGACAGCAUCUGGAUAAAACAUGUGCUGAUGCGGAGAAUAUCAACAGCCAUAAUGAAGCUGAGCUCCGGCGCCAGUUUGAAGAGAGACAGCAGGAGACGGAGCAUGUUUACGAGCUCCUGGAGAAUAAGAUCCAGCUUCUGCAAGAGGAGUCCAGGCUAGCAAAAAAUGAAGCCGCACGAAUGGCGGCUCUGGUGGAAGCAGAGAAAGAGUGUAACCUGGAGCUCUCGGAGAAACUGAAGGGAGUCACCAAGGAGAGGGAAGAUGUACCAGGAGACCGGGUCAAAUCUGACCAGUACACUGAGGCCCUGGCCCAGAGGGACAAAAGAAUUGAAGAACUGAGUCAGAGCCUGGCUGCAAGGGAGAAACUUGUAGAACAGCUGUCUCAAGAGAAACAACAACUGCUCCGUCUGUUGGAGGAGCCAGCUGACAUGGAAGUGCAGCCCGUGACUGAAGACUUACUCAAACAACAAAAGUUGAAUUCAAAUGAGACCGGUACAACUCAGCAUUCUGUAUCUGAUUCCCAUCUGGCAGAACUCCAGGAAAAAAUCCAGCAAACAGAGACCACCAAUAAGAUUCUUCAAGAAAAACUGAAUGAAAUGAGCUGUGAACUGAAGUCUGUUCAAGAGUCAUCUCAGAAGCAAGAUGAUACAAUUCAAAACCUCAAGGAAACUCUGAAAAGCAGGGAAAGUGAGGCCGAAGAGCUGUACCAGGUGAUUGAAGGUCAGAACGACACAGUGGCUAAGCUUCGAGAAAUGCUGCACCAGAGUCAGCUUAAACAGCUUCAUAACUCGGAGGGUACUUCCCCAGCUCCGCAACAGGUGGCUCUGCUUGAUCUUCAAAGUGCUUUAUUCUGCAGCCAGCUUGAAAUACAGAAGCUCCAGAGGGCAGUACGACAAAAAGAACGGCAGCUGGCUGAUGCUAGACGAUGUGUGCGGUUUGUAGAGGCCGCAGCACAGGAGAGAGAGCGGCAGAAGGAGGCUUCUUGGAAACAUAACCAAGAAUUGCGAAAAGCCUUACAGCAGCUACAAGGAGAACUUCAGAGUAAGAGCCAACAGCUUCAUACCCUGGAGGCUGAAAAAUAUAAUGAGAUUCGCACCCAAGAGCAGCACAUUCAGCACCUCCACCACAGUCUGGGUCACAAAGAGCAGCUGCUUCAGGAAUUUCGGGAGCUCCUGCAGUACCGAAAUAACUCGGACAAAACCCUUGAAGCAAAUGAAAUGUUGCUUGAGAAACUUAGGCAAAGAAUACAAGAUAGAGAUGUUGCCCUAGAGCGGGCUAUAGAUGAAAAGUUCUCCAGCCUAGAAGAAAAGGAAAAGGAACUGCGUCAACUUCGUCUUGCCAUGAGAGAGCGAGACCACGACUUAGAGAGGCUGCGCGGUAUCCUGUCCUCCAAUGAAGCUACCAUGCAGAGUAUGGAGAGUCUCCUGAGGUCCAAAGGCUUGGAAGUGGAGCAGUUGUCUGCCACCUGUCAGAACCUCCAGUGGCUGAAAGAAGAAAUGGAAACCAAAUUUAACCGAUGGCAGAAGGAGCAAGAAAGCAUCAUUCAACAGCUACAGACAUCUCUACAUGACAGGAACAAAGAAGUGGAGGAUCUUACCGCGACGUUGCUUUGCAAACUUGGACCAGGGCAGAGUGAGAUAGCUGAGGAGCUGUGCCAGCGUCUACAGCGGAAAGAAAGGAUGCUGCAGGACCUUCUAAGUGAUCGGAAUAAGCAAGCGGUGGAAUAUGAAAUGGAGAUUCAGGGCCUGCUUCAGUCCAUGAGCACCAGAGAGCAGGAGAGCCAAGCUGCUGCAGAAAAGAUGGUACAAGCUCUAAUGGAAAGAAAUUCAGAAUUACAGGCCCUGCGCCAAUAUUUAGGAGGGAAAGAUUUCAUGAUGUCCCAAGCACUCCUCUCUAACCGACCAGCUGAAGUCACCUCUGUCAGCCCCCAUCUCGGAGAGCAAACUGAUCAAGGUUCAGUGCAUAUACCCUCCAGAGAUGAUAGCACUUCAUUGACUGCCAAAGGAGAUGCUAGCGUACCCAGGUCGUCAUUAGGAGACUUGGAUACAGUUGCAGGGCUGGAAAAAGAACUGAGUAAUGCCAAAGAGGAACUUGAGCUCAUGGCUAAAAAAGAGAGAGAAAGUCGGAUGGAACUCUCUGCACUCCAGUCCAUGGUGGCAAUGCAGGAGCAAGAGCUGCAGGUUCAGGCUGCGGACAUGGAGUCCCUGACCAGGACCAUACAGAUCAAGGAAGACCUCAUAAAGGACCUGCAGAUGCAGCUGGUUGAUCCUGAAGACAUCCCGGCUAUGGAACGCCUGACCCAGGAAGUCUUGCUUCUUCGGGAAAAAGUUGCUUCAGUAGAAUCACAAGGACAGGAGACAUCCGGAAACCGAAGACAACAACUGCUGCUGAUGCUUGAAGGACUGGUAGAUGAGCGGAGUCGGCUCAAUGAGGCCUUACAGGCAGAGAGACAGCUCUAUAGCAGUCUGGUGAAGUUCCAUGCCCAUCCAGAGAGCUCUGAGAGAGACCGAACUCUGCAGGUGGAACUAGAAGGGGCCCAGGUGAUACGCAAUCGGCUUGAAGAAGUUCUCGGAAGAAGCCUGGAGCGCUUAAGCAGGCUGGAGACCAUGGCCGCCAUUGGAGGUACAGCUGCAGGGGACGACACCGAGGAUGCGAGCACGGAGUUCACCGACAGUAUCGAGGAGGAGGCUGCACACAACAGCCACCAGCAGCUCAUCAAGGUGGCGUUGGAGAAAAGCCGGGCAGCUGUGGAGACCCAGAAUGUGUCUCUUGCUCCUCCUUCUCUGACAGGAGGAGACAGUAACAGGGGUCUUCAGGAGGAAAUGCUCCACCUGAGGGCUGAAAUUCACCGGCACUUAGAGGAGAAGAGGAAAGCUGAGGGGGAACUGAAGGAGCUAAAGGCUCAAAUCGAGGAAGCAGGAUUCUCCUCUGUGGCCCACAUCAGGAACACCAUGCUGAGCCUUUGCCUUGAGAAUGCAGAGCUGAAAGAACAGAUGGGAGAAGCAAUGUCUGAUGGAUGGGAGAUUGAGGAAGACAAGGAGAAGGGCGAGGCAAUGGUGGAGACUGUGGUUGCCAAAGGGGGUCUGAAUGAGAAUAGCCUUCAGGCUGAAUUCAGAAAGGUCCAGGGAAAACUGAAGAAUGCCCGGAAUAUCAUCAGCCNUCUCCAGGGCCCGCAAGGCGAAGCGGCCACCACUGCCUGGGGAGGAGCUCAGAUGGCCCUGACCCUGUGCUGGCUCUUUUCACAGCUGGAUGACCAGCCCCAGACCCAUGACCCCGGGCCACAGUCAGAGUUUAGCCUCCCGGGCUCCACGAAGCACCUGCGCUCCCAGUUGGCACAGUGCAAGCAGCGCUAUCAGGACCUCCAGGAGAAGCUGCUGAUCUCAGAAGCCACUGUCUUUGCCCAGGCCAACCAACUGGAGAAGUACAGAGUCAUGUUUACAGGUGGACCAUCGGUGAAGCAGGACAGCAAGCAGGUGCAGGUGGACCUCCAGGACCUGGGCUACGAGACCUGUGGCCGAAGCGAGAACGAGGCUGAGCGGGAGGAGAGCACCAGCCCUGAGUGUGAGGAGCACGACAGCCUCAGGGAAACAGUCUUGAUGGAGGGGCUGUGCUCCGAGCAGGGACACCUGGGCUCCACGAUGGCCAGCGCCCCUGGGAAGAAGCCCCCGGAGAGCCAACUAGGGAAACAGGAGGAGCUCCGGGCAUAUGGAAAGUCAGAAAACAUCUCUGUCCUACGUAAGGACAUCAAAGAUCUGAAGGCCCAGCUGCAGAAUGCCAACAAGGUCAUUCAGAACCUGAAGAGCCGGGUUCGCUCCCUCUCAGUUACAAGCGAUUAUUCAUCUAGUCUGGAGAGACCCCGAAAGCUGAAGGCCGUUGGUGCCCUCGAGGGAUCCUCACCGCAUAGUGUCACUGAUGAGGACGAGGGGUGGCUGUCUGAUGGUACAGGGGCUUUCUACCCUCCAGGGCUUCAGGCUAAAAAGGAUCUGGAGAGUCUGAUCCAGAGGGUGUCCCAGCUAGAAGCCCAGCUCCCAAAAACUGGGACAGAAGGGAAGCUGGCUGAGGAGCUGAGAUCUGCCUCGUGGCCUGGGAAAUAUGAUUCCCUGAUUCAGGACCAGGCCCGAGAACUAUCCUACCUACGUCAGAAAAUACGGGAAGGGAGAGGUAUCUGUUAUCUUCUCACCCAGCACUCGAAAGACACGGUAAAGUCUUUCGAGGACCUCCUAAGGAGCAAUGACAUUGACUACUACCUGGGACAGAGCUUCCGGGAGCACCUCGCCCAGGGCAGCCAGCUGACAGAAAGGCUCACCAGCAAACUCAGUACCAAGGAUCAUAAAAGUGAGAAAGAUCAAGCUGGACUCGAGCCACUGGCUCUGAGGCUUAGCAGGGAGCUGCAGGAGAAGGAGAAAGUGAUUGAAGUCCUGCAGGCCAAGCUGGACGCCCGCUCCCUCACGCCGUGCAGCAGCCACGCCUUGUCUGACUCUCAGCGCUCUCCCAGCAGCUCCUCCUUCUUGUCUGACGAGCUGGAAGCCUGCUCUGACAUGGACAUCGCUAGCGAGUACACACACUAUGAGGAGAAGAAAGCUUCGCCUGGUCACUCAGAUUCCAUCCAUCAUUCGAGUCAUUCUGCUGCACUGUCUUCCAAACCAUCAGCAACCAGUUCAUCUCAGGGGGUUAAGGCCGAACCCAGCGGCAACCCCAUCAGCUUCCCAGCUCCCCAGACUCCCCCCAAGGAGGCCAGCCAGGCCCAUCCAGGCCUUCAUUUCCAAUCCAUACCCAUGCUGGUUAGCCUUCCCCAGGCACCACUGUCCUCAGCUCCACCCAGCUUCCUGCCCUUCAGCUCUGCUGGCCCUCCCCUCCCUGGCUGCUGUGAGACACCCGUGGUCUCCUUGGCGGAGGCUCAGCAAGAGCUGCAGAUGCUGCGGAAGCAGUUAGGAGAAAGUGUCACCAGUGUUCAUCCUGCUUCCCCAGCUACAUUGCCAACCAACCAUACAGAAGCCAGACCUUCCCACUACCUCAACCCUACCCAGCCCCUCUGUCCUCUGACGAGCACCACAGAAAUGGGCAGAAUCCUGGAGCCUGGGUACCUGGGCAGCAGUGGCCAGUGGGACAUGAUGAGGCCUCAGAAAGGGAGCGUAUCCGGGGACCUAUCCUCAGGCUCCUCCAUGUAUCAGCUUCACUCCAAGCCCACAG